AUGCUACACAUCAUAGAUAUCACAAAAAAGUCUGCAAUUUUACUACUUGUUGCAGCAAAUGUAUAUGGGUGGAAACCGCCCAAAUCUCUGCAUACUUAUACCUCUGAUUUGGUCCGUAGAGCAUCAAUAGAAUUGCUAAACCAACACAAGUAUGCGGAUUUCACUAAAACCAUCACUUUUGAUGAACUAAGCCGCAACAUUGUAUCUCCAUUUUGUUUAAAGGGGACAGAUUUUCAGUCUAACAUUCCUCAAAUUAUCGCAAACAAGCUCCACCUAAACGCAAGUGAUGUCACAUAUGAAUUGAUUAAUGUUAUCAAAGGAUACGAAGACCCGCUUAUUUCUGGAAUAUUUGGCUCAGAGAAUGGCUAUUUAAAUAUCAAAUUAAACGAUCAAGCAAUUUGGUCAGGCGUGGAGAAUGUGGUAAGAGAUCCAAAUUGCAACUUACCGGCUGCGGGUUUUGAAUCCGGAUUUCAUGAGAAAAAAAUUCUCAUAGACUAUUUUGGCCCAAACGUUGGAAAACCUCUACACAUGGGUCAUUUUAGAUCUUUAAUCCUGGGCAAUUGCAUAGCAAACGCCUAUCAAAGUCUGGGGAGUCGUGUUUAUAGGCGAAAUCAUAUUGGCGAUUGGGGAUCUCAAUCCGGCUCUGUUAUACGAUACUUGCUGGAAUACGACCCUUUAACCUUUAAAAUUUUGGAUCCGAAAAAUACAGAUACCGAAACCACUCGGGAGCAUGAAAUAUUUCGGACUAGUCAGUACAGCGAACGCCAACUCAUGUUCGAAGAAUCUGACGAUAAAUUACACCUCCCCCAAUCGCAUCAAGUACCUAUGAUCUACAUCAGUUCUCUGGGUGAAAUUUACUCCCGCGCCAAACAAUUAAUGGAACGAGACAAAGAUUUUAGAAUCAGAGUUUCACUCGAAACGACAAGGCUGCAAAAUAAUACAUUUCCCGAAUCUGCAGCCUGGGAAAACGUGAAAUCAAUAUCAAAAGGACAUUUUAAUGAUAUUAUUGAAUUAUUGGGAUUUAAGUACCUAAAGACAGUACCAGAGUCUGUGUAUUCGACACGCGUAUAUAAACUUUCCCAGGAAUUGGUGGAUUUGGGAUUGGCUAAAAUUUGCGAUGACGGGUCGAUUAAAACUGAUAAAUUGGUUAUUAGAACAAAAUAUGGUGCUUACACUUAUGCUGCAACCGAAAUAGCUGCGCUCAUUUACCGCGUACAACAGCUAAAGCCCAUUAGAAUGAUUUAUAUCACCGAUCAUUCACAGUCGGAGCACUUUCAGAAUGUAUUUAGAUUUGUAAAGCAAAAUAACCUCAUAAAUAGUGGAACUCAGCUAAGUCAUGUAUCUUUUGGGCAUGUUAAAGCACACGAUAAUCGCAAAAUAAGCUCCCGAUGUGGUACAACCGCAACUCUUCUAGAUGUAUUUAAAGAGGCUAUAGAUUUGGCGCAUAAAAGGAUUUUGGAGCACAAAAAAUUCAAUUUGACGAUAGAAAAUACUUCUAUUAAGUUAGGAAUCGGUUCUACAAUUUUUUCAGACUUAUCAAUAAAUAGGCAUUCAGGAUAUAUUUUUUCGAUGGAUCGAAUUACACAGCAGGGUAGCAAUCCGCUGUUGUAUAUUUUGUAUGCUUAUGUUAGGGCCAGGUCUAUUUUUGAUAGGGUUUGUGAAAUUGAUGCUAAAGUUGCCGAGUGUAAAUUCGUACCCCCUACAAUACUAAGCUGUGCCGUACCGCCAAUAUCGCUACCAAUAUAUACUUUAGCAGUUCCUAAAACAAUUUCAGGGAUUUCUAGAAAACUGGCUUUGAUGAUUACUCUAUUUCCUUACGUUGUGGAGCAAGUAGCUGUUGAAUGUAUGCCAAAUAGACUGUGCCAAUACGCUUUCAAUCUCGCCAAGCUGUUUACGCAAUUUUAUAGUGAAGUUAGGGUCGUAAGUUUGGGGGAUGGUAAGGUGGAUUUAGAUGCCUUUAAGCUGGUCUGUGCCACCAGGAAGGUUUUGCAUAUGGCACUAGAGAUUAUGGGCAUUCGCACGAUUAAUGUAUUGUAG